AUCCACAGAGCCGCAGACAGACCGACAGACAGGUGAUGAAGAUGGUCUCCUCCUCGCGCCUCCGCUGCCUCCUCCUGCUCCUCCUCUCCCUCACCGCCUCCAUCAGCUGCUCCGCCGCCGCCCAGAGAGACUCCAAACUCCGCCUGCUGCUGCACCGGACCCCGCUGCUGGGCUCCAAACAGGACUUGUCUCGCUCCUCGCUGGCGGAGCUGCUCCUGUCCGACCUCCUGCAGGUGGAGAACGAGGCUCUGGAGGAGGAGAACUUCCCUCUGGCUGAUGGAGAACCCGAGGACGUCCAUGUGGAUCUGGAACGAGCUGCCGUCGGCACCGGGCCGCUGCUCGCCCCGCGGGAGAGGAAAGCCGGCUGCAAGAACUUCUUCUGGAAGACCUUCACCUCCUGCUGAGAGCCUCCUCCACCCUCCUCCACCCUCCUCCACCCUCCUCCUCCUGCAGACACUGUACAGACUGGAUCAGACCAUCACUGAUUAGUGUGGAUGAAUUGUUUAGAUUUUUCUGAGCUGAUUCUUUCUGAAUGUAAACUUGAUGAAACUAUUUUUAAUUGUUGGUUUGAAUAAAAUCUGUUUGAGACAAACA